AUGGGCGCACAUUCGGUGGAUUGGGAAGGCCUUGAUGGCGAAGACCCGGCAUUCUGUGUCCAACUUAUCGUCCGCAACCCCGCGUUCUGGAUACGUGUUGCGAUGCAAGGCGAUCUCGGUUUCGCGGAGUCAUACAUGUUCGGCGACGUUGAUAUAUGCUUCGGGAGGCAGGGUGAGGAAGGCGAGCAGGGCGGGGAGGCACUUUUCAGGUUCUUCGAGCUCCUCCUCGCUAAUCGUAAAAUUCUUGAUGCAAUCGAUACGCCUCUCGCACGCAUAGGACGGCUGCCAGCUGCGGCCGCGGCUAAGACCCGUCUUGCGAACACGCUCAUUCAGGCGAAGACAAAUAUUGCUGCGCAUUACGACGUAAGCAACCGGAUGUUCGCUGCAUUCCUCUCGCGCGACAUGACGUAUUCUUGUGCAAUCUUCCCUGAACUCGAUGGAUAUGUCUACCCGUACUCGCCGUCGACAUCCACGUCGUCAUCCACGUCCGCGUCCACGUCCAAAGAUAGCCCUGUCGUUAGCGAAAGUCAAAGUGAUGGUCUUCCGCAAAGCGCUAAUGGGAGCGAUCGAGGUGUGGAACGGAAUAUCGGAAGGAGGGAGGACAAGACGGAAGUAGUGGACGAGGAGGAGGAUAAUCGUGACGAUGAGGAGCUAUAUGAGGCGCAAAUGAGGAAGUUGCAGCAUAUCAUCGGAAGGGCGGACAUCAAGCGUGGUCAUAGGGUCCUAGAGAUUGGUACCGGUUGGGGCGCACUGGCGAUCACAAUAGCACGCACCGUACCCGACGUCCAGGUCGAUACCAUCACGCUGUCCGAGGAGCAGGCGGCAUUGGCUCUAGAGAGAAUAGAAAUAGCAGGGUUGGGCGAGCAACAGUCGAAGAAAUGCAAGUACCGCCCGGCGCGUGUUCGGGUGCAUUUGAUGGACUACAGGUCACUGCCACCGGCGUGGGCGGGCGCGUUUGAUCGGAUGGUGAGUGUGGAGAUGGUGGAAGCGGUCGGAAAGGAGUGGAUGGAGACAUACUGGAAACAGAUCGACUGGGCGCUGAAGCCAGACACGGGCGUGGGCGUUGUGCAGGGGAUCACAAUCCCCGAGGCGAGAUUUGAUACGUAUAUGAGGGACACUGACUUCAUCCGUAAAUGGGUAGGCUCACCUGUUCACAUAUUCCCUGGUGGCUUCCUGCCAACGGUGACUUUCCUCGUAGACACACUGACGCGCGGAUCUGGUGGGCGGCUGGUUACCGAAUCAAUGGAUAACAUCGGGCCUCAUUAUGCGAGGACGUUGAAGGAAUGGAGAAGGAGAUUUGAAGAUAAAUUUGAAGAGGAGAUCCUCCCUGCGCUAAAAGAGGAGUACCCGCUGGUGAUGGGUCAUGAAGUGGAAGGCGCGGAGGAGGCAAUUGAGGUUUUCAAGAGAAAAUGGGUGUAUUAUUUUUGCUAUUGCGAAGUGGGGUUUGCGAGUCGUCGUCUGGGCGACCAUAUCAUUACGUUCACGAGGGAGGGAAACGUUGGCUAUGGAUGUCCGGCAGUCGAAUGGGAAGAAGAGGAGGGCUGUGCUCCAGAAGUGACUGAAUAG